GAGCCAGAAAAUAAAGAACAAAACAAAAGCAACCUGAAGGUAACCUCCCCAGAGGAUGCGGAGCACGUAAGCCGCAGACAGGCCUCCCCAAAUGGGACGCCACCUUCGAGAGGAGACGCUAAAGGCAGUCGGACUGUCCCGCGAAGGCACACGUUAGGGGGAGCCCGCAGCUCCCGCGAGAUCCUGGCUAUGCAGCCGUCAGACAUGGACAAGAAGAGGGAGGCCUUCCUGGAGCAUCUGAAGCAGAAAUACCCCCAUCAUGCUUCAGCGAUCAUGGGCCACCAGGAACGGCUGCGGGAGCAGAGCAGAAGCCCAAAGCACGGCCCCAGCCCCCAGCCCAGCAUCGGCGACCACAUUGACCACCUCUCCCUGGCCUCCCUAGAGUCACUGGAUGCCAUGUCAGAGGCCGACGCACCUACAGCCUUCACCCGCGGCAGCCGGGUUCGUGCCAGCCUGCCUGUGGUCCGAUCGACCAACCAGACAAAGGACCGCUCACUAGGUGUGCUGUACCUGCAGUACGGGGACGAGACCAAACAGAUCCGCAUGCCUAAUGAGAUCACGAGCAUCGACACGGUCAGAGCUCUGUUUGUUAGUGCCUUCCCGCAGCAGCUCACCAUGAAGAUGUUGGAGUCGCCCAGCGUCGCCGUCUACGUCAAAGACGACAUGAGGAACAUGUACUACGAGCUCACUGACGUCAGGAACAUCACAGACCACUCCUGCCUGAAGGUCUACCACAAAGACCCAGCGCAGGCAUUCAGCCAUGGGCCGAGACCUGCCAACGGCGAUGCCAGGAUGCACAGUGAUGGACAGCACCCUCUGAGACAACCCCCCAUGGGUCCCCCAACACAUCAUCCAAUGCAGGGUACACUCCCCCCAUCUCCCCACUCCAUGCCCCCGUCCCCCUCCAGAAUCCCAUUUGGCCCACGGCAGGGCUCCAUACCUGGCAGCGCCACCAUCCCUAGGGACCGACUGUCUAAUGCCAACCCUCCAGCGCGCUCCAUCUCGCCCUGUCCCAGCGCCAUCCUGGAGAGACGGGACGUCAAGCCAGAUGAGGACAUGGGGGGGAAGAGCCACAGUCUGAGCAGGGGAAAUGAGGGGUUGUAUGCAGAUCCAUACCUGCUCCAGGAGGGACGGAUGAGCAUGGCUACCGCCCAUGGACCGCACCCCAACCCUGGGCUUGAUGGUCCAGAGCAUGGCAUGGGGGGAUUUCACCGUGCCUCCAUCCGCUCCACAGGCUCUUACAGUGGGCCCAGUCCCACAGACACUAUGGAUCACCCCUCUCUGUACAGGCAGAAGUCCAGAAACAGCCAGCUGCCUACUCUGGGCUCCAAGACUCCUCCCCCAUCCCCUCACCGGAUGGCUGAGGUACGGAUGAUUGACAUCCAUGGCGGGCCUCCUCAUGGCGUUCCACCUCAUGGAGUUACCAUGGAGAGAAGCUCACCAGUGCGCCAGUCCUUCAGGAAGGAGGAAGUAACGGGGACCAAGGCUCGGAACAACAUGGGAUCACCUGUGGUUUCAGACCUGCCAGGUCAUCUCCAGGGGCCCAUUCCACCUGCCAAUGACCAUCAGACACGAGAGCGAAUGAAGGCUAUGGAGCAACAGAUUGCCAGCUUGACUGGUCUUGUUCAGCAUGCACUUUUAAAGGGGCCAAACACUAGUGGCACCAAGGAGCCUCUAAGUGAGAGACCACCAAAGACAUCAUCUCCAGCCCACAGCGCACAUAGCUCAGGUGGUUCCCCAGUCUUGGCUCCCAAAAGCAGUGCAGCCCUAUCAGACAAGGGCUCAGUUCCUCUCAAAGUCAACCUCCUGCAGUUCAGGAAGAAUGUUUCUGACCUCAGGAUGCAACUCCAUCAGAUGAGACAGCUGCAGCUCCAGAACCAGGAGGCAUUACGGGUUCAGCUGAAGCGGGCAGAACAGGAAAUCAGUGUUAAACUCGCAGAGGCCAUGCGGCGUCUCGAGGACCCAGUCCAGAGGCAGAGAACUUUGGUAGAAGAGGACAGGCACAAGUACUUGGGACUGGAGGAGCGUGUCCUUACACAACUCGGUGAGCUGGAGCAGUAUGUCGGCUCUCUGCAGAAGGACUCAGCAGCGACACACAGAGUGGUGACCCUGAAGGAUGUGGAAGAGGGAGCGGUGACUCUGAGGAAGGUGGGAGAAUCUCUGGCAGGGCUCAAAGGAGAGUUCCCGGCAUUACAAACCAGGAUGCGGGCCGUGCUCAGGGUGGAAGUGGAAGCCGUCAAGUUUUUGAAGGAGGAGCCUCAUAAACUGGACAGCAUGCUGAAAAGGGUCAAGAGCUUGACUGACACACUCAGCAGUCUGAGAAGACAUGCCACUGAGGGUUCUCAAAGGGGCCCUGAUCCUUCUGCUAAUAUCCCAGUGGAUAACAGCCUUUCAGCAGCCGCAGUAGAGACCCCUGCCGAAGCUCCCCCAAUAUCAGUCCAGCCUACCUCCACCGCAGCCCCACCGGAGCUCCAGAACUCCACCAUCAAAUCAGGGGUGAUGCCUUCCUCCCCAGUGGUCAUCCAUCAUGUCCAGAGCUCCCCGGUCCACAUGCAGCAGUCCCAGCAGUCUGCAGCCCUUACUGCUCAGCCCAGUCCCCCGCUUACCCCCAACCCCACUCAGGUUCCGUGUCCCAAUGCAAGCAAGAGUCAAGGCCGAGAAUCUCCCAAGGGUGCAUCCUCGGAUCCACCAAGUCCCGCCCGUCAUAAGAAGGCACAAGGGAACCCAGUGAAUAAUGGCAACCAGGAUCUUGUCAUAGAGGAGCUGCAGAGCAGUCAUGACAAGAGCAAAAACAGAGCUAUGUCCAUAGAGGCAGCAGAGAAGGAGUGGGAAGAGAGAAGGCAGAACAUGGGUCACUACGAUGGAAAAGAGUUUGAGAAGAUCCUCCAAGAAGCCCAGGCCAACAUGAUGAAGGGCAUUCCCAGUCUAGAGGUAGAAGAGAACCCAGCACCUGCUGCCAGCGGAGAACAAGCAGACAUCCACAAUCCUGUGGAGGCAACUUCAGAAGAGCCCCAGUCUGAGCCUGACUCUGACAAACCAGCCAAAAAGGGGCCUGAAAAACUUCCGAAGCCUUUGACGGAGAAACCAGCCAAGCCCGCUCUGGAGAGACACUCCAAGACUGCCACCAAGCCGGCGCCCACUGACGGUUUUACCAAGCAAGGGUCUGAAAAGUCCAGCAAGUCACCACCACCACCACCUCCUCCGAGGAAGACCUACCCCACCUCGAGCUCAGGCAUGACCACCACACGCUCUGGUGAGGUGGUCUACACCAGCAGGAAGGAGUCUGUCUCGGCUCAGGAGGGUGAAGAGGAGGUCCCGCCUCCCACUCCCCAGCCCAAGCCCACCCAGCCCAAGGUUCCACCAGAGACCAAGCCGAAGCCCGCUACCCCUCCCCCCGUUACUGCUUCUGUCACCAGAGAAGAGGAGGAUGAAGGGGACAAGAUCAUGGCAGAGCUCCAGGUUUUCCAGAAGUGCACAGUUAAGGAUGUAGGGGUGAAAAAUUUGGUAGAGCCCACCACUCGAAUUGAACCGCAAAUCAGAGAACUAAGACCAGGGGCCAUGUUGCCCCUCAAAGAGAAAAAGCAGAGCUCAGAGCCCAGUCGAGUGGAUAAAGAUCCAGACACAGAUGAAAAUGGGAAUACUACUAUGCGACAGAGCCAAGGGGUCAUAUACUAUGUGACUGGCCAGAUUCCUAAAGAUCAUCCACCCCCGUCAGGAACAGAGGAAACCCCCGAACACCAAGAGCCCACACAACCUCCAACACAGGUGUCAAAUGUCAAUGUUAAUGACAAUUCUCCAAGCCAGGAACAGCAGCAGCAGCAGCCACAGUCUCCGCCACCCAAAUCUCCCCCACCUAUAUCACCUAAGCCUGCGGGACUGAAUGGAUUAAAACUGCCGAAGAAGCAAGUUAAGCGCUCCGAAUCUUUGAAGACCAGGGCAGAAAUGGAGAAGGGAAAAAUCCUCAACAAAAUUAACACUGAAAAGAAAAGUAAAAUCAUCCAGGAGCACGUUUCUUCCAGUAAGAAUAUAAUAUCCAAGCCUAUGGAAACCACGACAACCAGCGUUGUAAAAGAGGUGUCUAAAGGUUCUGUUGCCCCAACUAACAACGCUCCUAGUGAGAACAGUGAUCCACCUAAAUCUAACUGUGAGGAUGAUGAUGAGGGGGCCAGUCUUAGUCCUGAUCUACCUGGAGAAGAGGCACCUCCGCCCCCGGACAACAUAGCAUUUAUGAUCACGAACACCAAGGUUCAGGCCCUAUCGUGUGGUGAGUACCAGGAACUUGUCAAUGCCAAGAAGGGAAGUGUGCAGACAGUCACUGUAGGUGGUGCCGCAAACCGUGGGAACACCACAGCGAGUCCCUCUGUACCGCAGGAUAAUGGCUUCAACAAGAAGCCCGUCAUCAUCAUUUUUGAUGAGCCCAUGGACAUCCGUUCAGCAUACAAGCGCCUGUCGACCAUAUUUGAAUGUGAGGAGGAACUGGAUAGGAUGCUCGCAGAAGAGCGCAUUGAGGAGGAGAGUGAGGAGUCAGACACAGAGAGGAGUGGUGGGCUGCAGGUAAAAGCUGAAGGGACCGAAACGGUUGAUGGCAAAAAGGUCGGCUCUUCACAGGGCACUGCUGAUCAUGUCAGCUUAUCAUCCUCAUCUUCGUCUUCAGUAUCUGAACUAACGGACAGUGGAAUAAACUUGGAGUCGAAUGGAGACGCCAAGCAGGACAGUAAGAAGAAGUUCAAGUUUAAGUUCCCUAAGAAACAGUUCGCGGCACUGACCCAGGCGAUUCGUACAGGCUCCAAGUCAGGCAAGAAGACUCUACAGGUUGUUGUGUAUGAAGACGAGGAGGAAUCCGACGGUACUGUCAGGCAGCACAAAGAAGCAAAGAGAUUUGAGAUUGCGCGUUCAAAAUCUUUAGCGGACACCCAGAAGGCAACAAACUCGGCCGUGGUAAAGAGGCAGAACUCCGAGUCCCACUGCAGGACAGAUGAGAUCCGGAAGAACACCUACAAGACACUGGACAGCCUGGAGCAGACCAUCAAGCAGCUGGAGACCACUAUUAGUGAGAUGGGACCACGCUCCCCCGAUGAGCCAGUCUCUAUGGAGGAGGCUAAAGCAGGGAAUGGGAAAAGCCCAGAAGGAGUGGGACUGAAGAGGUCUUCCUCUCUCCCUACUUCCAGAGGGUCGGGCCCUAAGAACACCAGUGUCGCUUCCCCCACUAGUCGGAUGCCCGUCCCUUUGUCUGCGAAGUCCAGGCAGUCGCCGGGUACUACUGACAAAGCAGGAAAACAGCAAAAACUGCAGGACGCUCAGAGGCAGUUCCGACAGGCUAACGGAAGUGCUAAAAGAGUGGGAGGGGAUCAUAAAACUACUUCCCCUACUAUACCCAUCUCUAAAAUCCCUGCUUUUUAUCCUAGCUCUACUAAAGGCAGCUCCCAGUCUGCACAAAACUCAGAUGCUACUAAUCCCAUUAACCCUUCCUCCUCCUCCUCCUCCUCUUUGACAAAGUCCUCCAUCCUGUCCUCUCAUACUCCUCGUUCCGGUUCCCUACCCUCCUCCCACAUCCCCUCCUUGUCUAACGGAUCCCUCAAACUCCCCACACCCUCACAGCACACAGGUAAAGCUCUCUCGUUCUCCUCGCAGACUCAGAAUGGUCGAGUGCACUCCUCCUCCUCUUCAUUCUCCUCCUCCUCCUCAUCCUCCUCCUCCUCCCCCUCCCCUCUGUCGCCCACACCUUUGGGCCCAGGUGGAAAGAGCAUCCGCACCAUACACACCCCCAGCUUCACCAGCUACAGGUCCCACAACGGCAGCAGCGGCAAAUCCUGCAUCCCAACAUCCACAGCAGCUAAGGACACUACUUAGCCCCAUUAUCGCCCCGCUGGCUUUACUGCAUAGCAGGUAGACUUGGUCAUGUUUUCUUUUAUAUAAUUUUGGUUUGUUGUUUUUUUUUGUUUUGUUUUUUCUAUUUUUGAGAGUUUUUGUAAAAGUAUUAUGUGAUGCACUCGCCCAAUUCAUGUUUUAUUUGACACUGGCAUUCUCACACCGAUGCUUUUAUCUCCUUUUGAGUUGCAUUUUCAAAUUUUGGAUCAUACUUACAUGGAUUUUGAUUCUCUCUUGAAGGUGUAACAGAUGCUCUCGUAAAAAAUUUUGCAAUGGAACUAAAAACUAUUUAGUAUUACCACUUUGUAGUUGAAGUGGAAGGCUUUCGUGGUGUUGAAAAUCUAUUUUUCUUGCUGUAGCUAUGAAUAGGGAAUAUAGAGUUGAUGUACAAUCACAAAGUACCAUGUAAAAAUUGUGUUUUAUUUUUCAAACCAGAGAUUGAAUAACCAUAGUAUAUUUAAUCUUCUAUAUUUCUUGUGUUGCCAGAUAUUCAGCAGUCUUGUAAAUGCCUUUUAUGAGUGUAUACAUAACGUAUACAGACAUUUUAAAGUUGAACUCAUUCUGAACUUCUGUUUUCUGAGAGUAUUUUCUCAUUUCUCACCCAUAUGAACUGCCAAUUUCUUUUACAGAGAUGUAAAACUGGUAUCAUGAAUAAUACAAGUUUUCAUUUUAGUGUGCCUCUUUGCCAAAGUUGUUUUACAAUGACUCACUUCAAGCCUAACCCAGUCACAAGAUUUGGGGAAAUUUACAUGCACUCUCUUGGUGUGAUGGCUGAAGUGUUGACCACAGUGUAUACACUGCUGGUUGUGUUUUUUUUUAAGUUAACAUGUAUUGUUGUCUAAGUAUAAACUGUACUAAAAACAAAAGUAAUGAAUCAGUUCUACCAUGUGUACAUAGAUGCUUCUACUAAGGAAAUAAGUAGUUUUGUUAACAUACCAAAGUUUAUUUGUAUGCAUGCCUUUCAAAUACUUUAGGAGAGUGGUGUAAAAGAAGAAUUGUGUUUGCACAGAUAGAUUUUUGUAAAUAUUUGGUUUUCUCCUCCUUUUUGUAAAGCUUUAAAUCAUACUAUAAAGGAGCAAUGUGGUAAAGAUAAAACUGUGUUGGAGUAGCAAAAAUAAAGACUUGCAUGCUUGUAAGGCA